ACUGCUGGGAUUGCUUGCUUUUUGGAGCGGACAGUGGGUCAUGGGCCAGAGAUGGAUAUUCUGAUUUAGGAAGUUUAUCCAAAUCAGCACAUCGCCAUCAGAAUGCUUCAGGUCACCUCAGAGCUACUAUUCGGCUUAAAACAUUUGGGGACACCAGGAUAGAGCUCCAGCUGGAUGAGCAACAACGCCGGGGUGUCAUCCUUCAUAAUGAAAAGGUGAAGAGGAACCGAGGAAUUUUGAAACGCCUGAUAAAUUGUGUGGUGUACUUGGGCAAGCAGGAGUUGCCGUUCCGAGGUCACGAUGAGAGUGUAACUUCAUCAAACAAGGGGAAUUACAUAGAGUUGCUGGAUUUAGUGGCAGAAUAUGACAGCGACCUGCACACACACCUCGCCACAUCAACAGUAUUUACCGGCACAUCUUCAAGGAUUCAGAAUGACCUGAUCAGCGCUGUCGCUAGUGUAAUGACGGAUAGCAUGAAAGAGGAGCUGAGGAAGGCACCUUUUGUUGCGGUCAUGUUGGAUGAAACGACAGACAUUAGCAACGUGGCGCAGAUGUCAUAUGUGCUUCGAUAUGUCACUGACGAUGGGAUAAAAGAGCGUUUCUUCAAGUACGAAGAUGUGACAGAGGACAAACGAGCAGAGGCCAUAGCUACACGGCUGCUGGAGUUCCUGAGGGAGAGUGGCUGUAUUGACAAAGUGGUCGCGCAGUGCUACGAUGGAGCAGCUGUUAUGGCCUCUGGAUUGAAUGGGGUGCAAGCGAAAGUUAAGGAAACAAUUCCACAGGCCCUUUUCAUUCACUGCUAUGCUCACAUCUUAAAUCUCGUUUUGUCAAAUGGAGCUUCCAAGAUAAGAGAGUGUAAGGUCUUCUUCUCCCACCUCUCUGGCUUGGCCACCUUUUUCAGCCGCUCAGCAAAGCGCACCAAGCUACUGGAUGAUAUUUGCCAGCAUAGGCUUCCACGGGCAGCUCCUACUCGCUGGUGCUUUCAUUCUUGCUUGGUGUGCACAGUGGCAGAUAAGACCAGGGAAUUGAGAGAGGUGUUCGAGCACAUCGUAGACCAUCACACAGAGUUUGAUGACGAAACUGUUCAUUGCUCUGAUGGAUACAUCACCCUCCUUACCAGCUUCGAUUUCAGCUUUUGGUUGAAAACCUUCCACGCUAUCUUCUCCUACUCGGAUGUUGUUUUUGAAAUACUUCAGAACAAAGGUUUUGAUAUGCAGUUCUGCCUGGCCAGAGUGGAUCAGCUACAGCGACAAAUUGAACAGGAGAAGGGGAACUUUGACAGCGUCUACGAUGAAACCCAGGCUUUGGUUGGUCCUCCGCGCGGCCGUGGAGCUCAAGGAGACGUUCGUGCACGGUACAGGGAGCUCCACUGCAGCGUAAUUGACAGCCUGCCCAGAUUUCCAACCGCUUCAGUGACCACAAAAAGCUGGAAUUCCUGGCCCUUCUGGACCCGCAACAGUUCGGGCAUUACUGUAACUAUUUCCCAACUGCUGCCUUGA